GGAACGGUUUAUAUGCAUGUUAAAACACUCUUCUGUAGCUAACUGGAAAAUCGGGUCAAACACAGAAGUAAAGUCUGAAUAGAGAGGUGUCAACCGGCGAGGUCAUUUCAGAUUAGAUUUUUUGCGUACAUAAGUCACUGAAGACAUUAACAUAUUUUUCUUGGUUAAACUAGGGAGUUCAGGUUGUCUUUAAAGUUACGCUAUUCUUACGCGCGGCACGAAAGCGUCUGUUAAAAUGGACGUGGACCCUGUUUCCGUCACGAUGGACGUAGGCAUUGAUAUUCCGGCUGCUUUUCCAGUAGUUUUAAAGAAAAUAAUGGAAAUUCCGCCACCGAAUCUUCUAGAAGGCGACGACGAAAGUGAUAAAGAGAAACUCUUUGAGGAUGUUGACUCUGAAGGGGUCAGUGAAAUGGGACCAUCAGCUGCCUUAACACCUGCCAUCUGGGAAAAGACCAUUCCCUAUGAUGGCGAUACCUUCCACCUGGAAUACAUGGAUCUGGAGGAGUUUCUCAUGGAGAAUGGCAUUCCUGUCUUAGGAGAUGAGGGUCAGAAAAAGGAUCUUGAGGAAGAAAACUUACAGCUGACAACUGAAAACUCAUCCACAACCUCUACAAGCAAGACAGCCCCAGCAAUCUCUCUUAUGCCAGUCAUGGAACUGGAUCAGUGUGAGGAGGAAGUGGUCACAAUCACGGCAUCCAGCUCAACAGACAGCAAAUCAGAUGAGAACCGUGUGAAGCCAGAGCCCAUUAAUCCAGAAGAUAUUGUGGUAGAGAUCAACUUCGAGCCGGAUCACACAGACCUUGUGCUGUCCAGUAUACCUGGAGGUGAACUGUUUAACCCUCGCAAACAUCGCUUCUCUGAGGAGGAGCUGAAGCCUCAGCCUAUGAUCAAGAAGGCAAAGAAAGUACUUGUGCCCGAGGAACAGAAGGACGAGAAAUACUGGCAUCGGAGGAAGAAGAACAACGUUGCAGCCAAGCGUUCACGAGAAGCCAGGCGGCUAAAAGAGAAUCAGAUCACAGUACGAGCAGCCUUUCUGGAGCGAGAGAACUCGGCUCUGAGGCAGGAAGUGGCAGAGUUGCGCAAGGACUUUGGGUGCUGCAAGAACAUUGUGGCACGCUAUGAAAGCAAAUACGGACCACUUGCAUCAGCUGUAGACCUCUAAACAAUUAUUGAUUUAUUUGCAUUUUUGAAAGGCAAAAAAUUAAUAAUGGUGUGGAAUGAAGAGGAGAAAACAGGAGAUAAGUGAAUGUGAUUAAAACUGUAGAGCUAAGUGAUGUUCUUAAAAAAAUCCUUGUCAGCCACUCUUAUCAACAUAUCCCCUUCAUUUUAAUCUUACUUCAUUGUAACAGCUUUUUAAGUGUGUUUUUUAAAUGCACCAGGUUAGAAGAGGCCUUCCCUUAACCUGUUCUUGUUUUAUGACAAGUUUUAAAAUAUCUAAGUAGUUUUAGAAUGUGAAAUCAUGUGCAGUGGAAGUCACUGGUCUUUAUUCAUAAAGAAUCACUGGCAUUGACUUCAAUUUACUUUCUUAUAUAUCUUCAGUUUGUAUAUCUUUGAAUUCUCUGAAAAAUUACAUCAAUUCAAAAAAUUCCUUUGGCAAAUUUGGUACAGGGUACCAAGUGGUGCAUUUUGCCUGCAAAAGUAGAAAUAAAAUGGCAUUAUUGAAAUACGGGGAGAAUGUAUCACAUUAAAACUGUAAAAACUGAAUCAAAACUGUAAACAGGAAUUGUAAAUUUAUCAUGUUUUUGUGCUGCAAAAAAUGUUGAUGUUUUGUCUGUCAGUAAGUGCUAGAAUUCAGCAGAAACUAUUGAAAAUAGGUGCUCUGUAUAUCUGCAAAACCUAAAAAUAUUUAGAUAGUGUCUUUGAUAAUAACUGAGUAGAUCUUCUAAAAUCAUACCUUGUUUACUUCAUCAUGGUAGUUUGCCGUUUCUGGGACUCAUGCAGGUCAGUUUAUGCACAGAAAUAACAGACUGUACAUGCGAUGGAUCUUGUAUCUGCUUAGAACUUAGCAAAACAACUGAAGUGCUUAUAUAGGAGUUUUUUCAUAUGUAUCAUAUGAUAUAUAUUUUUUUCAGAUAACUUCUAAUAUUUUACAAAAAUGGCUUUGCAGUGUGAACCACACCAUUCAUAGCUCAGAGUCAAUAUGAAUCCGUAAGUGUCCUCAGCAGAGCGCCUGUUUAUAAAGGGCGCUAGUGUUACAUAUCAGAAACUAAACUCAAACCUCUCGUAAGGGCAUCAGCCCCCUGCUUGCCGCUUUCCUGCAUUUCAGGCACAUAUUUUGUGCAACUUGUCUCUGUCAUUUUGAAACAUAUCAUCAAGGAAAGAAGAUAAAGGGUCAAUUCACAUGUUUCACAAACAGUUCAUAUCUUGUGCUCUCCGUUAAUUGUUGUGAAGUGAAAGUUAGGCUGACGUUUAUUAUCAGGUUUAAUUUGGCAAAACUCACAUGUGGCCACAUUUGUCCUUUUUCAUGUGUUUUGUGGAAAGGGAAUCUGAUAUGUAACAUAAUCUUGACCAAAGCUAACUUUGAUCGAACGCUGAAGAACAUGUUUUCUUUAGCAAGCACAGAAUGACUCCACUCCAAAUCAGGUGUUUAAUCUUUGCAAAUUUGUGGUCUGUAGACACUUUUUUUUUUUUUUUAAAGUGCUCUAUGGUUUGUCAUUUGUCCUCGAGCUUCCUUUCUGACGAGUGUGAAAUGUGAGACGGUGAGAUGAGGGACAAGACAAUAAAAUGGAAAGGAGCUUUAUGGCUGUUCUGAAAGGAAUAUUUACUGUUCCUGACAAGAAGAGUUUCUUCUGUUGAACUAGAAGAAAACUCAGUUGCAUAUGAGAUGCCAACUUUGUUGCAGUAACAUAUCUUUGUUUUGUCGAUUUUAAUGUUUUUCUAAUUGUUACUGUUCUUUUGUGAGGAGUGAAUUCUCUUUGUAAGACUUAUAAAUAUUUUUUGAC